AUUGUCAAUCGCAGCAGCAGUUCGAGUCUUCAUUCCCUAUUUGUUGUGUUCCAAUCAGAAUGGAACUGGAGGAGUCGUGGUGGAGGCGUGGGUACAGAAGUGGUGAAUAACAAUUCACAGUGCCCGGGACGACAGAUCUAUCGUGUUCUGUGUUUCGAAUUGCGUCUCAGUCCCACAGUGACCGCCAUUGCAUGUCUACGCUCUGGUCUGAUUGCAUUAGCCGGAAUAAUAACUGCUGUGAUGGCUUUCACUCGUAUUGUUCAUCUUCACGCGACCACCCCGUCGCAUCUUCGACUCCUUUUGUUCUACAUUUUAUGUGUGCAUUGCAUUGCUGGUUCAUUUGAAUGGUUGUUUGGGUGGACAACCCAGUUGUCACUUUUUAUCAGCUACGCUAAAGCUAUCGAGCUUUUAAUUAUUUGCUACUUUUAUUUGGACGUUGCUUCAAAGAUGAUGCAUUGGAGUUCUGUGGCAGGAAAGCGGUUAUGCUUUUCCUCAUUAUUCUUGAUGUUUACCUAUUUGCAUUGUUCCCUGGUCGCCGGUUUUCUGUUAUCUAUAGAACCGUGGAGAGAUUGCCAUGCACCCUAUUGGAUUUGGUUCUCCGCUGGAGAAUUUAUGAUGGUGCAACUUAUGGUCGGCUCAUUCUUCCUCAUAUUACGGCGGAUGAACAGAAUUUCUGCUGCGCCCAACAUAAGAGCAAAUCAACGUCGUGAUCUUUUCAGCCUUUUUUGGGCGUUUGAAACGUCGGCAUUGGUCGAUCUUGGCUAUCAUGUCAGUUUGUUCAUCUUGGCAGACGAUAAAAAAGGAUGCAGUGGCAUAUUUGAUCACGAUCAACUACGCUAUUCCUUACUGAAAUUCCCAUACGAUAUUAUAUCAUUUCUUAUGCCUGUUUGGGCGAUUCUUUACGUUUUUCGUUCUGCUCCAAAGUCGAACAGCUAUGAUGAUGAUUUGACAGAGUCGUUAUACUCGUCACGCGCUUCAUCGAUAUCGUCAAUUGCUGAUGUGGUCGUUGUGCGUAAUUGGCGCCGUCGUUAUCGACCAUUAACACAGCCAUCAAGUCAGGACCAGCCGAUCCUGUCGGGACGUCGUCCACGCCCGGCCCCUGGUAGUGCCGCCGGCCGUCUGCGUGCUGUAAGUUCGGCACCGACGAUUGCAGGACGUCGUAUGUCGACCUCGCGAAGCCUUGUCAGCAGUCCUUUAUACUCGAUACCGGAAGAACUGGCGAACCACGAACACGAUGUUGCUGCUGUGGUGGGCUCGAUCGAUCGAUUAUCUAUGGCCCCAUUGAAUGUAGAUACGGAACACUAA